GGGAGCGGAGCGGGAGCGGCCGGAGCGAGCAGCCGCCGCGGACCCACAGCCUCGCCGCGCACCUGCCCAGCGCCCGCAGCGCGGCCCGAGCGCCAGCCUCGAGCGGCCCCGGCGGCGGCGUGGGCGUCAGGCCGGGCGAGGGCGCCGAGACAGAUUUACAUGUGUUGAAGACCAGACCAGAAGCACUUCUGAAUUAAGAUCUCAGAUUCUCUGAGGUGACAACAAGAGCACGUGCGCCAGAAGAUGAGCGAACUCGACCAGUUGCGGCAGGAGGCCGAGCAGCUGAAGAACCAAAUCAGAGAUGCUAGGAAAGCAUGUGCAGAUGCAACGCUCUCUCAGAUCACAAACAACAUCGACCCGGUGGGGAGGAUCCAGAUGCGCACCAGGAGAACGCUGAGGGGGCACCUGGCGAAGAUUUACGCCAUGCACUGGGGCACGGACUCCAGGCUGCUCGUCAGUGCCUCACAGGACGGCAAGCUCAUCAUCUGGGACAGCUACACCACAAACAAGGUGCACGCCAUCCCUCUGCGCUCCUCCUGGGUCAUGACCUGUGCAUACGCCCCCUCUGGGAACUACGUGGCCUGCGGUGGGCUGGACAACAUCUGCUCCAUUUACAACCUGAAGACGCGCGAAGGGAACGUCCGCGUGAGUCGGGAGCUGGCCGGACACACAGGUUACUUGUCCUGCUGCCGAUUCCUGGAUGACAAUCAAAUCGUCACCAGCUCUGGAGACACCACAUGUGCCCUGUGGGACAUCGAGACCGGCCAGCAGACGACCACAUUCACCGGACACACUGGGGACGUCAUGAGCCUGUCUCUGGCCCCUGACACCAGGCUCUUUGUCUCUGGUGCUUGUGACGCCUCAGCCAAGCUCUGGGACGUCCGAGAAGGCAUGUGCCGGCAGACCUUCACGGGCCACGAGUCCGACAUCAACGCCAUCUGUUUCUUUCCAAACGGCAACGCGUUUGCCACCGGCUCAGACGACGCCACCUGCAGGCUGUUUGACCUCCGCGCAGACCAGGAGCUCAUGACCUACUCCCACGACAACAUCAUCUGUGGGAUCACCUCGGUCUCCUUCUCCAAGAGCGGGCGGCUCCUCCUCGCCGGGUACGACGACUUCAACUGCAACGUCUGGGACGCGCUCAAGGCUGACCGGGCAG